AUGGUGAGCAAAACUAAAAAAGAUUUUAGUGUUGCAUUUCUUUUACGUGAUAAUACUGAUUGUGAUUAUGAUAAUUAUUCAUCGAAAUCUUCAAUUCCAAUGAUGAAAAAUUCUUCAAUAACUCCUACGGAAUAUUGGUUUUCUGAUCAAUUUGAAACGAAAAUUUGUCCAUUACGUAAACAUAAAAAUGAUAGAAAACCUCGUACACCAUUUACAACUACACAAUUAAUUGCAUUAGAAAGAAAAUUUCACGAACGACAUUAUUUAUCUAUAUCAGAACGAGCUGAAUUUUCACUAUCACUUAAUCUAACUGAAACACAAGUAAAAAUAUGGUUUCAAAAUCGUCGAGCAAAAGAAAAACGUUUAUCGGAAGCUGAAUUAGAAAAAUAUCGUUUUAUACAAAUAAAAGAUCAGUUAGCUAAACAAUUUGAAAUGACAUCAACAUAUUUUUCUUUUGCAUAA